AUGCGUGCCAAAGUUGACAAGCUCAAAGCCAUCGGCUUUAUCUGGGCAGCUACGUACCCUAUCUGGCUUGCCAACUCAGUCAUGGUUCGGAAGACCACAAGAAGAUGGCGGAUGUGUCAGGACUAUACCGACUUGAACAAGGCUUGUCCGAAGGACAGUUUCCCCUUGCCGAGAAUCGACCAGCUCGUCGACGCCACCGCUGGACACGAGCUGCUCAGCUUCAUGGAUGCCUAUUCAGGAUACAACCAAAUCUUUAUGGACCCUGCCGAUAGAGAGCAUACGGCAUUCAUCACCGACCGCGGAUUGUACUGUUACAACGUCAUGCCCUUAUCAACGUCUCGUCAACCGGAUUUUUGCUAA